UGUCUGCUUUUCUCCAGAUUACACACAGCAUGGAGACCAAGACGAUCGUAUACGAUCUGGACACGUCUGGGGGCCUCAUGGAGCAAAUCCAAGCUCUUUUGGCACCCCCAAAGAGUGAAGACGGAGAGAAGAAAAGCCGGAGACCAGAAAAAGAACCCAGGAGAAGUGGAAGAGCCACAAACCAUGACAGCUGUGAUAGCUGCAAGGAAGGAGGUGACCUCCUUUGCUGUGAUCACUGCCCGGCAGCCUUCCACCUCCAGUGCUGCAAUCCGCCGCUUAGUGAAGAAAUGCUGCCCCCUGGAGAGUGGAUGUGUCACCGCUGCUCCAUACGCAGGAAGAAACGCGAGCGUAAGAAGGAGCAGGGCCAGGUCAAUGGCUUAAUUGACAGGUAUGGAAGGAGGACUGUGUCUCCCACCAAUGACUUGGAUUUUUCGGAACGAGCUGCCGGCAGCCUUCGAGCCCUUGCCCAAGCCAGGAUGUUGGAAAGGAGAGUAAGCCGCCCAGGCACGCCUACUUCCAGUGCCAGUACAGACACUCCCAAUUCUGAGCAAAACGACAUGGAUGAGGACAUGAUCGAUGUGGAUGAUGAGCCUUCUGGAGAGUCUGAGGGUGGGCACUCGCAACUCAAGAGACCAUUUCAACUGCUCAUUGCAGCAGCCAUGGAGCGGAAUCCCACCCAGUUUCAGCUGCCCAAUGAACUCACCUGCACCACAGCACUUCCAGGCACCAGCAAGCGAAGAAGAAAAGAGGAAAUGACAGGGAAAAAUAUCAAGAAAGCACAGCACGAGUUGGAUCACAAUGGUCUGGUGCCAUUACCCGUUAAAGUCUGCUUCACUUGUAGUAGGAGCUGCCGUGUGGCUCCUUUGAUCCAAUGUGAUUACUGCCCUCUCUUGUUUCAUAUGGACUGCUUGGACCCGCCACUCACUGCCAUGCCAACCGGCCGUUGGAUGUGUCCCAACCAUAUUGAACAUGUUGUGCUGAACCAGAAGAACAUGACUUUGAGUAAUCGGUGCCAGGUGUUUGACCAAUUCCAGGAUAGCAUUUCACAGCAUGCAGUAAAGCUGGACUUUCUGAGUCGUAUCCACAAAUUACAUCCCCCAAACCGCCGGCUUUUGCCUUUGAUUAGAAAAAACACAGUCAAGGUACCAGAAGCAAUCAAGGCACAGUAUCAGACCCCUCCAGAGCUAAUACCUCCUGCAGGUAUACGUGACGGGGAGCUGAUCUGUAACGGUGUACCCGAUGAGUCCCAAAAACAUCUACUGCACUCUGAGCACUUGGCUAACCAAACAGAGCAACAAGAGUGGCUCCGUAGUGUGGUUGCACUUCAGUGCAGCAUAUUGAAAUACUUGUCUGCUAAGCAGAUGCCAUCCUGGGGGUCAGAUGACGUUGAUUCGUUGGAUAUCAAACCAGUUAUUUCACCUGAUGGUUCCGUUUCCAACUCUCACCAGCACGAUGAUGGAAAGCCCCAGUGUCCUUCAUCUUUAGGACCGUGUCCUAACAGUCAGGCUACAGCUUUGCAGGAAGACGGUGCUUUUGUGGCGAAAUCGCGCCUUUCCACCAGUUGUGGCGCCUCCAAUGGACCUUCCGCGUCAGAGUCUAAAUCCAACGGGCCUCAUGCUUUCAGUGUUAGCCCAAGUCCCACGGAACAAUUGACUGAUCACCAAAGGCUAACUGGAACUAGUGGUACUAUUUCUGUACUUCCCCAGCGACCAACAAGGCCCAGAUCAGGAACUCCGCCCACAGCAACUGUUCUCCCAAAUCAUGUGAAGACAGAGAGCACAACGGGGUCCGCACUCUGUGCUCAGAGACUUUCUGUGCCUCUUAUGACGCCUCCCAAUUCCUGUUCCAGUCAAGAGAUUUCAAGCACUUUGUCACGAAAACAUACCCAAAUGCAACCUGGACCUUUGCUCGGUCAACAUGACUCUAGACCUGUGGGGUCACCACUGUCUGGCACCAGGGCACUUACACCUCCACAGGCGGUCAGUAUUGAUCUCACAUCUGCAGCUCCUGGUGCGUCCAGACUUUGUGCAGCAGCUCCAACUGCAGAUGGAAAAGUCCGGCCUAGUACUUUAUUGCUGGAUGGUGCUACAACCAGUCCUUCAUCCUGCAUGGUAAACUCUUCAUCUAUGAUGGAACUUACAAAUUCUUUAAGAACACUGAUGGAUGGGAACGGAGAGAUCCAGAUAAACAUGUUGGAUGACAAACUGGUGAAGUUUUUAGCCAUGCAAAGAAUCCAGGAGAUUUUCUCAUCAAAAGACCAUCCUGUAUCAAGUGCCAGCCAAUUGCAGCCAGCUCCUUCUCUUGGACAUCAAGCGGAAGCUCAGAAAAGAGACGUUCAGGCAAGAGCAGUCUUCUACCCCUUGAUGAUGGGCGUCGGGGCUCCCGUCAACAUGUGUUACCGCACUCUCUACAUUGGCACAGGGGCAGACAUGGACGUGUGCCUUACAAACUAUGGUCACUGCAACUACGUGUCUGGCAAGCACGCCUGCAUAUUUUAUGAUGAAAACACAAAGCAUUACGAGCUGCUGAACUACAGUGAACAUGGUACGACUGUUGACAAUGUUCUCUAUUCCUGUGACUUCUCUGAGAAAAUUCUUCCUACUCCUCCCAGCAGUAUUGUUGCUAAAGUGCAGAACGUUAUAAAGCGCCGUAAGAGCCAAAAUCCCGAGCCUGAACCAGUUAAAGAAGAGGUUGUCAUGAGCUCUCAGGGACAAGGUCCCCAUGCACAGUCAUGCAACUGCAAGGCCAGCAGCUCGAGUCUUAUUGGAGGAAGUGGAGCAGGCUGGGAAGGCACAGCUCUCCUACACCAUGGUAGCUGCAUUAAGUUGGGCUGCAUUCAGUUUCUCUUCUCUAUCACAGAGUUUGCAACAAGACAGCCGAAAGGAGAAAAUGACGCCUUAGCACAAGACCUGGAUUUAGAAGAAAAACUGCCUCUAAAGUCGCCUCAACAGGUGCCCGUUUUACGAUCCAACUCUGUCCCUUAGGAGCCAAGCAUCAGAUCUCUUUAAGGGAUUAAGGACUUUACUGUAAAAGGACGCACUCGUCAAAGCGACCACAUGAGGCAGCCUCCCAAGACCCUGUUUUGGCCAGAAAGAGUUUGCACAUUUGCAUGAUAUGAAGAAACUUCACCCUUUUUCCCUCACCUACUUUGCUCAAUUUUUAGGGGCAUUUGUA